GCAUCUCGUAAGCAAAUUGACUCAUGACCUUUCAUUACAACACUACUUUUUCAAAAAAUACUUAAGCUGCAAAGCAUCCUCCGAUACCCUCUCGUCUUUGCUAGAUGCAACCUAAAAAUCAUGAAUUCUUUGUCUCCCUCCUUUACCUCUGAGGUCAGCGAUUCCAAUGUGCCGUUUUGGCUAACAUUUUAUUCUCCAUUUAUUAAUUUCAGCUCUCACAAGACUUUGCUAAGUACUGAUCAUUCAUCACUCCUGCUUGCCAUCCCUCCUCCUUUCCCAGUGGUUUAAGUUCUGUAGUAUGCUCAAAUUGUUUCUGACCUCAUUUCAUGUCACCUUGGCUCCUAACAGUCUACAGCCCCGUAUUUCCUGCCCCAAAUUCGCCAUUCUAACUCUGUAUUGUUCGGCUGUCUGUCUCAUUGGCAGCAGUGUUUCUUGAAUCUUAAGCAUCACACUCCGAACUCCUUCCCUAAAUUCCACAUCCUUUCUUUAAGUUUCUCCUUAAAAUCAAGUUUGGUCUUUUUUUUAUUGUUUGGCCUCUGCAAGCCUGGGGCAAUUUUCUACAUUACGGAUGCAAAAUACUUUUAACUUGUUACCCGGUGAUCCUUACUGGGAAGUACAGGAGUAUGAACAGGUCAAUACAAUGUUUGGAUCAGAAACAAUGCAUCCAUCAUCAGCCCACUAGCUUGUCCCCAGUGCUAGCUACAGAGAGUUUCCUUGUUAACUUGGGUGAAGUAAAUGAAACCACCCAAGAAUAUUAACUUCAGAUUGGGGAUGGGAAAAUGUUGAUAUAAAGCAGAGGAGGACAACAUGUUGCCUCGUUAAAUCAUGAUUACAAUAUUGUGCCCCUGAUUCAAGAUAAUGUAGCACUUGGACCCAGCAAUGUGCCAAAAUUGAACAUUUUUGGUGAAGUUAUUUUUCAUUCACUUUAUUUAUCCAUUGUCUGCCUCAAUUAAAGCUGCCUAAUUAUUCUAAAAUGGUCUACAACCUUCCACCACCAGCUUGAAUGCACUGAGUCAGUCUCCAGCGUUUUAAACAGUGCCAAGUCCAGAGAGCGAUACAGGGAUCAAAAACCAGAGGGCUCAGAUUUAAACGGAUUUACAAAGGAACAUACGUGAUACUCAUUCGCUGUAAGAAACAGCAAGAACUCCAAAAAUGAUGGAUCACUCAAAUGAGACCACAACGGCCAGCCGCACGGCGAAGAUUGCAAGUGACUCCGAGGACAACGAGUACCUGUACAUUUUAAUCGUCAUGUCUUUCUACGGAGUCUUCCUCCUGGGGAUAGUGUUGGGCUACAUCAAGUCCAAGAGACAAGAGCGGAAAGAUGGCAGGCUGUUCCUGUACGAUGACAGGGGGGAGUGGGCUGGGCUGAAAGCGGUGCACAUGCCCCUGGUGUUCAGUGCCUUGCCAGAGAGCGUGGUGCCCGCGCUGACUUGUGCCAUGUGCACCAUGGAGAGCAGCGUCAGUUCAGAGACGGCACAGGAGGACAUCCAAGUGACCAUCCCAGAGGAGGUCGGUGCGACUGAGAGCCUGCUGAGUGACUUCUCCACCAGCACCGAGCGCAACCCUCAACCCCCUACUGAAAGCCCCUGUUCAAACUUUUUGAAUGGAAUGGCCUGAUCAGAAAGCCAGGGCAUGGCUGAAGUUACCGUUUGAAGGGCGGAUGCUGGCCAAAUCCUGGAGGAUUGGGACUGGACCGAGUCGUGACCGAGCACAGACUGCUGCUUGCCCAAAUUUUCCAGCUCGGUCCAAUUGUACACACGCACAUACAUUACCAAAGGUUCGUUUUUCAAAACAAAUAUGGACACAUCUCCUUUCCCCCCCAAAAAGAUGCUUUUGCAAUUGCACUUAUUAGGCAAGUUCAAGCAUAUUUGCACAGAUGGCAGCAAGAAUAUACAAUAUAAUAAGCAUAUUAUGACAUCCCAUCAUAGCACAACAUUGCUAUUUCACAGAUUGUUAAUAUUUUAGGUUAUGUGGUAAUGGAAGUUUUUUGUAAAAAAAAAUCAGUUACCUGUGGACAAUAUGCCUUUGUCUGCUGAAUAUUUUUUUUAAAAUGUAGGAUGUGUAGAGGGGACUGAACCACACACUCUUCAGUCUGGGAUGAAAUUUAAAAGCGGCGACCGGGGAAAAUGCUGCUUUAAAAUCCCACACGCAACCAGCCUGGGAAGCACUUGAAAACUGUAGAACCUUCCAGAUAAAGUUGGAAUCUGCCAGAAUUUCCACGAAGUCUUCUAUCGUUUUUAAAUUAAUUUGUAAAUAAUGUAAAUAAGUUAAACUGUAAAGAAUGUGUAAAUAUUUAUUACUGAGUUGGAUUAAAAC